CCCUCGUUCCGCCUGCCUUCAUUCUGGGCGGAGCGGCCAUGCGCGGCGGGGGUGUCGCGUGGUGGUGGCGGCCGUGGUGGGUGCCCUCGCGGCGGCUGCGGCCCCUGUUUGGGCGCCCGGGCCUGGAAGGGUACAUCGUGGAGGCGCCGCGGCGUCAGGCGUGGCGGGCGCGCUGGGCCUGGCCCAUGGUUUGCGCCGCGGCGCUGGCCGGCCUGCUCCUCCUCCUCCUCCCUUCCGGACUCGCCUUCCUCCUCGUGGCGGCGGCGGCGGCGGGAGCCUGGCAGGCCCGCAUGAGAACCAAACCGCCGAGGCACUCUGCACGUGCUCCGUGGCCCAGCGACAGCUCCUGGCAGAGGAGGACCCCUUUGAGGGACGCAUCCAGGGAUUUCGAUUGGGACGGCAGCCGAUCCCCCUCCUCCUCUUUGACCCCGGCCUGCUCUCCGCCCUCCUUCCAGAGCAGCUUCCUGGAGAGCAACGUGCCCUCAAGUGCCUUCGGACGGAGCGUCUUUGGCCGCUCCUCGCCGUCCUCCUUGGACCCCGGGGCCACCUUCUCGCCGGUCACCACGCCCUCCCGGAUCGGCUGGAGGGGGCAGAGGGGCCUCCUGGCGGACUUCAACGCCGUCAUGGCCGAGCGGCGCGGGGAGCCCAGGACCGGCUCGGCCGACAGCCGCCUCCACCGCGUGGGCCGACCACCCUCCUACCGCCACUUGGGUCCAAGGGCCACCUUGGGGGAAGCGGCCACUCCACCCUCGUGGGUCAACCGGGUCCUGAAGGACUUCAGCCCCGCCGUGGCCGAGAGGCGCCGUGAGGCCGGGGUCAGCUCAGCCGGCCGCAGCCCCCUCGUCCUCUACUCGCCUUACUCCUCGCCGGUCAGCCUGGGAGGGUGGCCUUCCCGCCUGGCGCUGAGCCCGGACCCGUGUGCGAGGGAGACGGUGGUCAAGGCUCUGCGGGAAAAGGAGAAGGCCAAGAGGAGGAGAGCGGAGGACGGGGGGCCCCAGCAGGAGCCCCUCACCCGCGGGAGGGACAAGAGGAGGCGCCACGAGAGCGGAAGGAGCGUGACCUCAGCCCUCGAGCCCUUCCCGUCGGUGUCUCAUGCAGCCGAUCCUGCUGCCCCGGACACCCUCCCCGUCCUCAAGAAUGCCGUCUCCUCCUCCGUGUCUUCCUCCAAGAGGCGCCGCCGCCGCCGCCGCCGCUCCUCCACCUCGCUGUCGUCCGGCUCCACCGAGAGCGUCUCUUACGGCAUCCCCACCAUAUACAAGGACAAGGGUUGGAAGGCCACUCUGGCGAGUGAUCCUGGGCAGGAAAACUGGAGCGAGGAGCCGUGGUGUUGGCAGUGCAGCCACUUGGAGGAGAGUGGCCCUGGCGGGACCCCCAAGCCGCUGAGCAAGGCCGCGGAGAAGGCCGUGGACAAGGCGGUGCAGGUGGAGAUGGGGGACACAGAGACGCCCCACCCAGAAGCGCCCGGCACCCCGGCCCCGGCCCUGCGCCCCAACGGCCCGAAGCGGAGGAGCAUCUGCCUCGUCAGGAUCAACCUGGACGAGCCCUUGGACCUGCCUCCCGAACUGCAGGCGCUUUCCGAAGCCAUGAAGGCUCGUGCCGAGGCCGAGAAGGCAGCCAGGCUGCAGCAGGGAGUUCCCAGAGUCUCCGAGGAGCAGGCGGGACCACUGCCGUUGCCACCGCCACGGUCAUCAUCAUCGCCAUCGGAAGUGACCACCUCUCCGGUCUCCUGCUUAGCCAGUGCCGCCACCGCCUCCUCCGCGUUGCCACUGACGGUCAGCUCCCCCACAGUGGUGGACUCCAACCCGCUGACCGGCCCGGCUCCGACGCCCGCCGUCUUUGGCUCCGGAGCCCCCGUGAGCCGCGCAGAGUCUCUUCCGCCCGUGACGGAGAUGGAGGUGACCGAGGGGGCCGGCUCCUCUUUGGCCGUGGUGGCCACUCCUCCGGCCCCUUCUCCGAGCGCUGCCCAGGCCGAGGGCGGAGGGUCCUUCCUGGGCAAGACCCCCACCAAGCGCCGCUCCUCCUCCCCCUCGGAGCUGGACCCCGCCCCGCUCACGUCCCCCAGCAAGAGGCGGGCCCUGGCGCCGGACGAGACAGCACCCGUGUUCCGGCCGGUCUUCGGCCUCUCCACCCCGGGGCUGACCCUGCCGUCCGCGGCUCCUCCGUCCACCUUCCAGCCCAUCUUUGCCAGGCCGAUCGCAAGCCCCACGGCGACCACAGCCUCCACCUCUGAUGCGAUUUCCACCUCUGCGCCCGCUCUCGGUGCAACCGGGGUCUUCGCGAGCACCUUGAGCCUGCCUCUGAGUGGCGCGGCCACUCCACCUUUGCCCGUGGUGGCCUCCAACCUCUUUGGAGGGCUGCCUUCUCCUCCUCCUCCGCCUUACACCCUGACCUCCCAGGCGGCCGCCGGUCCCGCCCCGGCCCCCCCAGGGUCGGGCAGCCCCUUUGGCCACCCGGCCUUUGGACCUAACAGCACGAGCGGGGCCUCGCAGCCCACGUACAGCCUCGCGGGGUCCUUCCGCUUCGGGGCGGCCACCACCACGGCCGGCGGAGAAGCAGCGGGCCCAGCACCCACGUCUGGGGCCACCACUGUGCCCCUCCUGCCGCCGCUGAUGGACCCAGUGGGCAGCUCCGCCCAGACCGCCUUCUGCUCCCCCACCUUCAGCACCCCUGUGCUCGGCCGGACCCGUCGGGCGUUCGGAGGUGGAUCGCCGUCCGGUUCCGGACCGAGCGCGGCCAAUCCCAUCAGCGGGCCCUCUCCGCUGACCUUUGCCAUCGGGGCCGGGGCCAAGUCGGGGGCCCGGCAGCGGCUCCAGGCCCGGAGGCAGCACCCCAGGAGGAAGUGACCCCCCACCCACCCGCCAAUCAAAGUCCCGUUCUCAUUGGACUUGGACCUCAAGUUCGCUGUACAUUAAAAUGUAUAUAGACCUGUAUAUAGUACUUAAGAGCAUUUUAAGCACAUUUUUUAAAAAAUUAUUUCAGACUUUAUUUUUCUAUUUGGAGUCUGUAGAGAUAGAGCGAGCGUUUGUUUCAGGGUCGGGGGGGGGGAGGGGGUCAUUGUUUGGAUAUAUUUGUUUGUUUAUUUGUUUGUUUGAGAGUAAGGGGAGGGUCCUGGGAAGGAGGGAGGGGUCAUUGACAUGGGUGUGACUUUGGAUAUGUGUUUAUUUGUUUGUUCAAGAGUAAAGAGGGCCAUGCACUGA